CCCACUUUAAAGUUAUAGAACAUCUAUGGCUCCUAACGAUACUGUCACCGCUUCCAAUGGAGCUCCAGUCAACGAAAAUGCCUCCUUGACUGUUGGAGAAGACGGACCAACUUUGAUCCAGGACUUCAAUUUGAUCGACAAGCUUGCUCACUUCGAUCGUGAACGUAUCCCCGAACGUGUUGUACAUGCCAAAGCUGCCGGUGCCCACGGCUACUAUGAAGUAACUCACGACAUCUCUCACCUUACCUGCGCAAAGUUCUUGACUGGUAUUGGCAAGAGAACUCCUUGCUUUGCCCGUAUCUCAACUGUUGGCGGUGAAUCUGGCUCAGCCGAUACUGCUCGCGAUCCUCGAGGAUUCGCUGUCAAAUUCUACACCGAAGAGGGAAACUGUGAUUGGGUCAUGAACAAUACCCCAGUCUUCUUCAUCCGUGAUGCUAUCAAGUUCCCCGACUUCAUUCACACACAAAAGAGAGACCCUCGCACCAACUUGAAGGAUCCCAAUAUUUUCUGGGACUUCCUUUCCCAAAAUCCAGAAUCCACUCAUCAGGUUACCAUUCUUUUCUCUGACCGUGGUACUCCCGCUUCCCUUCGCAAGAUGGAUGCUUUCUAUGGCCACACUCUCAAGAUGGUCAACUCCGAUGGAAAGUUCAAGUACGUUAAAUUUCACUGCACAAGCAAGCAAGGCAAAGAAAACUUCACCAUUGAGGAAGCUGUCAAGAUUGGUGGUGAAAACCCCGACUAUUUGACCCAGGACUUGUUUGAACACAUCGAGAAGGGUGACUACCCCGAAUGGACUGUGUCCAUUCAGAUCAUGGAACCCGAAGACAAGGAUAAGAUGCCUUUUGAUAUCUUCGAUAUCACCAAGGUUUGGUCCAAGAAGAACUACCCACUCCACCCCAUUGGUCGCUUCAUCUUGAACAAGAACCCUGACAACUACUUCUGUGAAGUCGAACAAUCUGCUUUCUCACCUUCUCACCUUGUUCCCGGCCUUGAUGUCACCCCCGAUAAGAUGUUGCAAGGACGUCUUUUCAGCUACCCUGACACUCACAGACAUCGUCUUGGUGUUAACUACCAGCAACUACCCAUCAACCGUCCCGUUGCCCCAGUUGUUAACCACCAACGCGCUGGUCAUAUGGCCUUCGACAACCCCGGUGGCCGUCCCAACUACCCCGACAGCACCUUGGAGGAGCACCCACCAAAGACUCUGGUGCAGAACAACCCUACCAAAUCAUUCACUCAUGUUCCCGAGAAGGUCUACGGUAUCACUGGAACCUAUGUCAAGCCUAUCAAGGAAGACAUCGACUUUUAUCAAGCUGGUGAACUUUGGAAGGUCAUGUCUGAGACAGACAGAGAACACUUGGUCCAUAACAUUGCCAUCCAUCUUGGACAGUGCAAAGAGUACAUUCGUACCAAGCAAAUCGGUCACUUCAAGCGUGCCCAUCCUGAUUACGGCCGUCGUGUAGAGGAGGAAAUCGCCAAGGAGUUGGCCAAGUAAAAAAGAUCAUCACUUUUGUAUGAUUGAUAUCUAGCUUCCAAUAAUGGAAUUGUAUAUAAUAUGAAGCGCUUUUAUAAAGUUAACCCAUGAACACAAA